AUGGCAACUCAAGCCCUCGCCGCCUGGACAGUCUCAUUAUCCUACCCCGACCUCCCAGAAGAAGUAAUCCAUGCCGCAGUACGAAGCUUCUACAACAUAGCCGGCUGCAUAGUAGGCGGAAGCGAACACCCCGCAACAACAAAAGCACGCAAAGCUCUAUCCCCAUUCUCAGGACCCCCAACCUCCCACCUCCUGGGCACCAACACUUCCACCGACGCCAUGCACGCAGCCCUCUUCAACGGCAUCGCCUCACACGUCCACGACUACGACGACACGCAUCUAGACACAAUAAUCCACCCAACAGGGCCAGUCGCAUGUGCCCUUCUCGCGAUAAUCCCAACCCUCCCGCGCCCCGUUUCCGGAGCGGAAUUCAUAACCGCGCUGGUCGCUGGUAUUGAAGCGGAGUGUAAAAUCGGCCUGGCUGUUUGGCCAAGGCAUUACGAUAUCGGCUGGCAUAUCACUUCUACGACGGGGUCAAUUGGAGCUGCUGUUGCUGCGGCGAAGUUACUUUCGCUAGAGACUGGACAGGUCGCUCAUGCGAUUGGUCUUGCCGCUACGCAGGUUACUGGGCUUCGGGAGAUGUUCGGGUCGCAUGCGAAGUCUUUUCAUCCAGGGAUGGCGGCGCAGAAUGGGCUAGUUGCUGCUUUGCUUGCGCGGGAGGGGUUUACGAGUUCUGUUGAGGCAUUGGAGGCGAAGAGGGGGUGGGCUAGUGUUGUUUGUUCUGGGGGGAAUCAUAGACUUGAAGAGGAGAUUGCGGGGCUUGGGGAGCGGUGGGAGAUUGUGAGGGAUGCUUUUAAGCCGUUUCCUUGUGGGAUUGUUGUUCAUCCUGUUAUUGAUGGGUGUGUUUGGUUGCAUGGGGAGUUGGAGAGGGUUGGGGUUGAGGUUGAUGAUGUUGAGGAGGUUGUUGUGGAUGUGCAUCCGCUUGUUCUCGAGUUGACGGGGAAGACGGCACCGAGGGAUGGACUGGAGGCUAAGUUUAGUGUUUAUCAUGGUGGUGCGGUUGGUUUGUUGUUAGGGAAGGCUACACCAGCGCAGUAUGAGGAUGAUGUUGUACUUGAUAGGCGGGUUGUGGCAUUGAGGGGUCGGUUUAGAGCGGUUCCUGAUGAGAGUUUACGGGCUGAUGAGUGUCAUCUUGUUGUGAAAGUCAGGGGAGGGGCUAGUAUUGAGAAGCAUAUCGAUUAUGCCGUGGGUAGCUUGGAGCGCCCCAUGACGAAUGAACAGUUGACAGCAAAGUUCGUUGACCAGUGUGUUGGGAUUCUGGGAGAAGAGCGGACUGACAAGGCAAGUGAGUGGUGUUGGGGCUUGGAGAAACAAGCCGACAUAAGCCAAAUUAAGGAGGUGCUGUAG